GGCUUCCCUAAGUCAUAAGAUCUCACCAUAGUGUAAGUGGCUGGGAGUAGUGAGCAUGUCUUAUAUGUCUCACUGCCAACCCUAGUACCUGGUAAAUAAUUGGCCAUAAAUAUUUGCUUUAUGAGUGAAUAAAUGAUUUUGAUGAUUUUUUUGGUUGCUUGUGAAAUUUUAGGGAAGGAAGAUGGACCAACCCAGUGGAAGAAGUUUUAUGCAAGUAUUAUGUGAAAAAUACAGUCCUGAAAACUUUCCUUACCGCCGUGGCCCUGGGAUGGGAGUCCAUGUCCCAGCCAUACCUCAGGGCUCUCCUAUGAAAGAUCGCCUCAACCUCCCAAGUGUGCUAGUGUUGAACAGCUGUGGAAUUACCUGUGCAGGAGAUGAAAGAGAAAUUGCUGCCUUUUGUGCUCAUGUAUCGGAAUUAGAUCUUUCUGACAACAAACUUGAAGACUGGCACGAGGUCAGUAAAAUUGUGUCAAAUGUUCCCCAGUUGGAGUUCCUAAACCUGAGUUCCAACCCUCUGAAUUUGUCAGUUUUAGAAAGAACAUGUGCUGGAUCCUUCUCUGGGGUUCGCAAACUCGUCCUCAAUAACAGCAAAGCUUCAUGGGAGACAGUGCACACCAUCCUGCAGGAGUUACCAGAUUUGGAGGAGCUCUUCCUGUGCCUUAAUGACUAUGAAACAGUGUCUUGUUCGUCUAUUUGCUGUCAUUCUCUUAAGCUCCUACAUAUAACGGACAAUAACCUCCAAGACUGGACUGAAAUACGAAAGUUAGGAGUUAUGUUUCCUUCACUGGAUACCCUCAUCCUGGCCAACAAUCAUUUGAAUGCCAUUGAGGAGCCUGAUGAUUCAUUGGCCAGGUUGUUUCCUAAUCUUCGAUCCAUCAGCCUCCACAAAUCAGGUUUGCAGUCCUGGGAAGACAUUGACAAACUAAAUUCAUUCCCCAAACUUGAAGAAGUGAGGUUGUUAGGAAUUCCUCUUCUACAGCCAUAUACCACUGAGGAGCGCAGGAAAUUGGUGGUAGCCAGAUUGCCAUCAGUUUCUAAACUUAAUGGCAGUGUUGUCUCCGAUGGUGAGCGAGAAGAUUCUGAGCGAUUUUUUAUUCGUUACUAUGUGGAUGUUCCAAAGGAAGAAGUACCAUUCAGGAUGAAUUAUUCAUCAUUACUUAGAAUUUGGGUCUCUUUCAUCUUCGCACUUGUACGGCACCAAGCUCAGCCCAGGGAGCUCAUGUAUCCAUUUUGGCAGAAUGACACCAAAACCCCUAAAGUAGAUGAUGGAAGCUCGUCUGAGAUUAAGUUGGCCAUUCCUGUGUUCUUCUUUGGCGUUCCUUACCGCACUGUCUAUGUCAAUAACAACGGUGUUGUUUCCUUCAAUGUGCUAGUGAGCCAGUUCACUCCUGAGUCCUUUCCCCUGACAGACGGGAGGGCUUUCAUUGCCCCCUUUUGGGCAGAUGUGCACAAUGGGAUUCGAGGCGAGAUCUAUUACAGAGAAACCAUGGAUCCUGUCAUCUUGAAAAGAGCCACCAAGGACAUCAGGAAGUACUUCAAAGACAUGGCAACCUUCUCUGCCACUUGGGUUUUCAUUGUGACAUGGGAAGAAGUCACGUUUUACGGAGGCAGCAGCACCACACCUGUGAACACUUUCCAGGCUGUGCUGAUUUCUGAUGGCUCCUACACAUUCACUCUCUUCAAUUACUAUGAGAUCAACUGGACCACUGGGACAGCAAGUGGCGGUGACCCCCUGACAGGUCUGGGAGGAGUGAUGGCACAGGCAGGAUUUAAUGGUGGAAACCUCACCAAUUUCUUCAGCCUCCCAGGGUCGAGAACCCCUGAGAUUGUGAAUAUCCAAGAGACCACAAAUGUCAAUGUUCCUGGCCGCUGGGCAUUUAAAGUUGAUGGGAAGGAAAUUGACCCAGCCAAUGGCUGUACCUCCAGAGGACAGUUCCUUCGUCGAGGGGAAGUGUUUUGGGAUGAUCUGAACUGCACCAUCAAGUGCCGCUGUCUGGAUUUCAACAAUGAGAUCUACUGCCAGGAGGCCUCUUGCAGCCCCUAUGAGGUGUGCGAACCCAGAGGCAAAUUCUUCUAUUGCAGUCCCGUGGAGAUCAGCACCUGUGUGGUGUUUGGGGAGCCACACUACCACACUUUCGAUGGCUUUCUCUUCCACUUCCAAGGCUCCUGUGCCUACUUGCUGGCCCGACAGUGUUUGCAGACUUCUAGCCUCCCUUUCUUCAGUGUGGAGGCCAAGAAUGAGCACCGAGGUGGCUUAGCUGUUUCCUGGGUGAAAGAGCUCUCUGUUGAGGUCAAUGGCUACAAGAUUCUCCUUCCCAAAGGAAGCUAUGGAAAAGUCAAGGUUAAUGACCUAGUGAUUUCUUUGCCCAUCAUCUUAGACUUGGGGGCAGUGAAAAUCUACCAGAGCGGCAUGUCUACUGCCGUGGAAACGGAUUUUGGGCUCUUAGUGACAUUUGACGGCCAGCACUACGCCUCCAUUUCCAUCCCAGGCUCCUAUAUAAACUCCACCUGUGGGCUCUGUGGGAACUACAAUAAAAACCCGCUGGAUGACUUCCUGCGCCCUGACGGCAGGCCGGCCAUGUCUGUGCUAGACCUGGGAGAGAGCUGGCGUGUCUACCAUGCAGACUGGAAAUGUGGCCCCGGCUGUGUGGACAACUGCACCCAGUGUGAUGCUGCCACCGAAGCCCUCUACUUUGGCUCUGACUAUUGUGGCUUCCUCAACAAGACCGAUGGCCCCCUGUGGGAGUGUGGUACUAUUGUGGACCCCACAGCCUUUGUGCAUAGCUGCGUGUAUGACCUGUGUAGCGUGAGGGACAAUGGCACGCUUCUCUGUCAAGCCAUCCAGGCCUAUGCCCUUGUGUGCCAAGCCCUUGGCAUCCCAAUCGGAGACUGGCGAAUCCAGACUGGGUGUGUGUCCACGGUGCAGUGCCCCAGCUUCAGCCACUAUUCUGUGUGUACCAGCAGCUGCCCUGACACCUGCUCGGACCUGACCGCCUCUCAGAACUGUGCCACACCCUGCACCGAGGGCUGUGAGUGCAACGAGGGCUUUGUCCUCAGCACCAGCCAGUGUGUCCCACUGCACAAGUGCGGCUGCGAUUUCGAUGGCCACUACUACACCAUGGGGGAGUUCUUCUGGGCCACGGCCAACUGCACAGUGCAGUGCCUGUGUGAGGAGGGAGGGGAUGUCUACUGCUUCAACAAGACCUGCCGCAGUGGGGAGGUGUGCGCUGUGGAGGAUGGCUACCAGGGCUGCUUCCCCAAACGCGAGACUGUGUGCCUGCUCAGCCAGAACCAGGUGCUGCACACCUUCGAUGGCGCAGCCUAUGCCUUCCCCUCUGAGUUCUCCUACACCCUCCUAAAGACCUGUCCUGAGCGUGCGGAGUACCUAGAGAUAGAUAUCAACAAGAAGAAGCCUGACGCUGGACCAGCUUGGCUCCGGGGUCUUCGGAUCCUGGUGGCUGACCAGGAGGUCAAGAUAGGAGGAGCCGGGGCUUCGGAAGUCAAGUUGAAUGGUCAGGAAGUGGAAUUACCUUUUUUCCAUCCUUCGGGGAGGCUGGAGAUUUAUCGAAACAAAAAUAGUACGACUGUGGAGUCCAAGGGCGUGGUGACUGUGCAGUACUCAGACGUGGGCCUGUUGUCCAUCCGGCUGUCCACAACAUACUUCAACUGCACUGGUGGUCUGUGCGGCUUCUUCAACGCCAACGCCAGUGACGAAUUCUGCCUCCCGAAUGGCAAGUGCACAGACAACCUGGCAGUGUUCUUGGAGAGCUGGACGACAUUCGAAGAGAUCUGCAAUGGGGAGUGUGGAGACCUGCUGAAGGCCUGCAACAAUGACUCAGAGCUGCUGAAGUUCUACCGGAGCCGCUCCAGGUGUGGCAUCAUCAAUGACCCCUCCAACAGCUCCUUCCUGGAAUGCCAUGGGGUGGUCAAUGUCACUGCCUACUACCGCACCUGCCUCUUCCGCCUGUGCCAGAGUGGGGGCAAUGAGUCUGAACUCUGUGACUCAGUGGCACGGUAUGCCAGCGCUUGCAAGAACGCUGAUGUGGAGGUGGGUCCCUGGAGGACCUACGACUUCUGCCCUUUGGAAUGCCCAGAGAACAGCCAUUUCGAGGAAUGCAUGACAUGUACUGAGACCUGUGAGACCCUGGCCCUGGGCCCCAUCUGUGUAGAUAGCUGCUCCGAGGGAUGUCAGUGUGAUGAGGGCUACGCCCUGCAAGGCAACCAGUGUGUCACCCGAAGUGAGUGUGGCUGUAACUUCGAGGGGCACCAACUUACCACCAAUGAGACCUUCUGGGUGGACCAGGACUGCCAGAUCUUCUGCUACUGCAAUGGCACAGAUAACAGUGUCCACUGUGAGACCAUCCCCUGCAAGGAUGAUGAAUAUUGCAUGGACGGGGGCGGCCUAUACUAUUGCCAGCCCCGCACUGAUGCCUCCUGCAUCAUCUCGGGCUAUGGCCACUACCUCACCUUUGAUGGCUACCCCUUCGACUUCCAGACCAGCUGUCCACUCAUCUUGUGUACCACAGGAAGCAGGCCGAGCUCAGACUCUAUCCCCAAGUUUAUCGUGACAGCCAAGAAUGAGGACCGGGACCCAUCCCUGGCCUUGUGGGUCAAACAAGUGGACGUGACUGUGUUUGGCUACAACAUUGUAGUUCACCGGGCCUACAAGCACACUGUGCUGGUCAACAAUGAACGGCUCUAUCUGCCCCUGAAGUUGGGGCAAGGGAAAAUAAACAUCUUUUCCUUUGGCUUCCAUGUGGUGGUGGAAACUGACUUUGGCUUAAAGGUUGUGUAUGACUGGAAGACCUUCCUAUCCAUCACAGUUCCUCGGAGCAUGCAAAACAGCACUAAUGGCCUGUGUGGUCGCUACAAUGGCAACCCAGAUGAUGACCUGGAGAUGCCCAUGGGUCUGCUUGCACUGAGUAUCAGUGAGUUUGGGCAGAGCUGGUUGAAGAGGGACACCUUCUGCCAGGUGGGCUGUGGAGACCGCUGUCCAUCCUGUGCCAAGGUUGAUGGUUUCUCUAAGGUACAGCAGCUGUGCAGCCUGAUCUCCAACCAGAACGCUGGCUUCUCCAAGUGCCACAGCAAAGUCAACCCUACCUUCUUCUAUAAGAACUGCCUGUUCGACUCGUGCAUUGAUGGGGGUGCAGUGCAGACUGCCUGUAGCUGGUUGCAGAACUAUGCUAGCACCUGCCAGACUCAGGGAAUCGCAGUGACCGGCUGGAGGAACUACACAUCCUGCUGGGUCACCUGCCCUCCCAACAGCCAUUAUGAGAGCUGCGUGAGUGUCUGCCAGCCCCGCUGUGCCGCCAUCCGCUUGAAGAGUGACUGCAACCACUACUGUGUGGAAGGCUGUCAGUGUGAUGCGGGCUACGUUCUCAAUGGCAAGAGCUGCAUCCUGCCUCACAACUGUGGCUGCUACUCAGAUGGCAAAUAUUAUGAGCCCAAGCAGCUGUUCUGGAGCAGCGACUGCACGCGGCGCUGCCGCUGCUUCCGGCGCAACCUGAUCCAGUGCGACCCGCGCCAGUGCAAGUCUGAGGAGGAGUGCGCCCUGCGCAACGGGGUGCGCGGCUGCUUCAGCACCAAGACCUCCUACUGCCUGGCGGCCGGCGGCGGCGUCUUCCGCACCUUCGACGGCGCCUUCCUCCGCUUCCCAGCCAACUGCGCUUUCGUGCUCUCCACCAUCUGCCAGAAACUGCCUGACAUCUCCUUCCAGCUUAUCAUCAACUUCGACAAGUGGUCCUCCCCCAACCUCACCAUCAUUUCACCCAUCUAUUUCUACAUCAACGAGGAGCAGAUUCUCAUCAGUGACCGCAACACGGUCAAGGUGAAUGGCACCCAAGUGAAUGUUCCAUUUAUAACUGGUUUGGCAACCAAAAUCUACAGCAUUGAGGGGUUUCUAGUGAUCGACACCAGCCCUGACAUCCAGAUAUAUUACAAUGGCUUCAACGUCAUUAAAAUCAGCAUCAGCGAGAGGCUGCAGAACAAAGUGUGUGGUCUCUGUGGCAACUUCAAUGGGGACCUGACUGAUGACUAUGUGACCUUGCGGGGGAAGCCAGUAGUGAGCAGCGUGGUGCUAGCUCAGAGCUGGAAAACCAAUGGCAUGCAGAAGAGCUGCAAUGAGCUGCAGUUCUCACAGUACGCAGCCACGUGCGACAACGUGCACAUCCAGACGAUGCAGGGUGAUGGCUACUGCCUGAAGCUCACCGACAUGAAGGGCUUCUUCCAACCCUGCUAUGGGCUCCUCGAUCCCCUCCCCUUCUAUGAGUCCUGCUACUUGGAUGGCUGUUACAACCACAAGAAGUUCCAGCUGUGUGGCUCCCUGGCCGCCUAUGGGGAGGCCUGCCGCUCCUUCGGCAUCCUCAGCACAGAGUGGAUUGAGAAGGAGAAUUGCUCAGGAGUGGUUGAAGACCCCUGUGUGGGGGUGGACUGUCCCAAUCGAACCUGUGAGCUGGACAAUGGACGAGAGCUGUGUGGCUGCAUUGAGCCACCACCCUAUGGAAACAACUCACAUGACAUCAUCGACGCAGAGGUGACUUGUAAGGCAGCCCAGAUGGAAGUGUCCAUAUCGAAAUGCAAACUCUUCCAGCUCGGCUUUGAGAGAGAGGGUGUGAGGAUCAAUGACAGACAGUGUUCCCACAUUGAGGGAGAGGAUUUUAUCUCCUUUCAGAUCAACAACACCAAAGGGAAUUGUGGAAACAUUGUGCAGUCCAAUGGCACUCAUAUCAUGUAUAAAAACACGAUCUGGAUCGAAAGUGCCAACAAUACGGGCAACAUUAUCACAAGGGACCGCACAAUCAAUGUGGAAUUUUCUUGUGCUUAUGAGCUGGAUAUCAAGAUCUCCUUGGAUUCUGUUGUGAAGCCUAUGCUAAGUGUCAUUAACCUGACAGUUCCAACCCAAGAAGGCAGCUUCACUACCAAGAUGGCGCUCUACAAAAAUGCCUCCUACAAACAUCCUUACCGCCAGGGUGAAGUAGUAUUGACUACUCGAGAUGUACUAUAUGUAGGGGUCUUUGUAGUCGGGGCAGACUCCACCCAUUUGAUCCUCACACUCAACAAAUGCUAUGCUACCCCCUCCCGAGACAGCAAUGACAAACUCCGAUACUUCAUCAUUGAAGGAGGGUGUCAGAACAUUAAAGACAAUACCAUCGGCAUUGAGGAGAAUGGAGUCUCCCUAACCUGUCGCUUUCACGUCACUGUCUUUAAAUUCAUUGGGGAUUAUGAUGAAGUUCAUCUUCACUGUGCAGUGUCCCUUUGUGAUUCAGAAAAGUACUCCUGUAAAAUUCAUUGUCCACAAAAUUCCAGGAUUGCUACAGAUUAUACAAAAGAACCUAAAGAACAGAUCAUUUCAGUGGGACCUAUUAGGAGAAAAAGGCUAGACUGGUGUGAGGAUAAUGGGGGAUGUGAGCAGAUUUGCACAAGCCGGGUGGAUGGGCCUCUGUGCAGCUGUGUGACCGGGACCCUGCAAGAGGACGGCAGAAGUUGCAAAGCCUCUAAUUCUUCAAGUGAACUUCAAGUGUGGACGUUGCUCCUCAUCAUAACCCAGAUUUCACUAUGGCAUUUUGUCUAUAAAUCAGGUGUGACCUCAUAAUUUACUCAAGGUUGCUCUAUAAAGUACUGUAAUUUACUUACUUCAACUCCCUGUAGCAUAAAGUGUGUGUCCCUAAAUCCAAAACUAUUUGCAAAUGUCCAGCAUCUCAAGGCCAUGUCACCUUCCUCCAGCAGCCAGAGGUCUGGAGGUAAGUGACAUCCUCCUAGGUUCCUCUUUCAAACUACACGGUGGGGCUUCCAAACGCCUGUUGUGGCAGGCAUGUAUAUACAUACCUAAGAGUCUCACACAGUUGCCACUAAGAACCUUGGUUCACACAAAAAGCCAGAAAAAGAAAGAUCGUGGUUAUAGAAGUCUGACCUAACACCUGACCAGAGAAAUCGGUCAAGCCACUGCUGUUUCUAGACCCCAGGUGUUAUGGCAGAGGGCCUGUGGAAUGAUCUGGAAGUAAUGACUGGAAGGUCCGACUCUCUUCCCGAUGUCUGGAAGUGUCGGAUCCCUGACAUGGAUGUGUUGCUCUCUUCUGCCAUGAGCAGCCCCUCCUCACCCCUGUGGCCCUCCACAUUGCCAUGCUGGUGGAGGCCACCUAGGGAAGCUUGCCCCACUCAGUUCUUUCUCUUUUUACAAACCAAC